ACACCGGAAAUCAACCCGGACUGAGCACGACCUAAGGUUAGGAACUUAGGAGAAGGAGGCCUGCCUCUGUCGUCGAUUGCGUUUUUGAGUUCCUGGUGGCAAGGGAAGUUGGGGUUGGAGAAGUCUAAUUCAGUUUCACUUCUACUUUUGAAACAAGUUAUCAGUUCUUAUUCUUUGCUGAAACUUCUUGAAGACGAUGAACCAAGUGGUUUUUUUGGUGGCUGCUCUGACAGCCUUCCUGCUAGGAAUGGUGCACGCAGACUGUCCUCAUCAAAGCUUCAACGAAACAGACAGUGUCCAGCUACCUAAAAAUGCUACAGCCGGUGAUACAUGUGUCUUCACAAUCACCAGACCAAGUUCAGACCCCGCCAAGUUUACAACCUUUGUUCUUAAAGAUGUGAUCAUGACGAUGGGCACGAAUGAUUCCUUUGUCAUCUAUGAUGGUCCAAAAGAGGAGAAGAACAAACUUCUGACCAUCAAGGAUCAAAUUGUGCUCUCCCAAGUUGCUGUGACCUUCAGUACUGUGAUGACUAUAGAGUUCUAUGUUGGAGAGAAUGACACCAAGUCGUCAGGAUCCUUUGACUUUACUUUUGGAACUUGCCAACAGAAUCUCACAGACAGCUGGGUCCUGCCUGUGACAUCCCCGCUGUACCUGAAGAACCAAGGGAGCUUCAUGUGUACCUACAAUGUGGCCAACGCUCUGCCGGCCGACCGCCGGGCUGUGGUCAGCUUCUCUCAGUACUCGCUGAAGGGCGAGAGUUACCUGGCGUUGACCUCGGGCUCUGAAAAGGUCAACUUCACAAAGUCCGUCUUGGGUUCUCAGGUGGAUUUUUUCACUGAUGCAUCUGCCAUUGAAACGGUGAUCCAGUUCAAGGUUGUCCAGAAUGCUGUUCCUCAGAUGUUCUCUCUGUCUUUUGAUGCUGCCAUAAACAGCUACCUGGUGCUGAGCUCUCAGUCUGAGCUAAGCCUUCGCCUGUCCCUGAGCAGUGUGCAGAUGGAACGCAAAAUGUCCCUGGUCUUCACGCCUCUGGCCCAGGGUGGUCGGCUGGUCGGGAGUGGACAGCUCCAUGCGGGCGAGGACAAGCCUGGAACGGAUGACAACGCAGUGGACACAGUCACCACCUACUUCCAGCUGCUAGCUGACUCAGGGAAACAGGCCAGCGUGACUCUGCAGACACAACUCACAGGCAACACGACUUUGACCUUCUACAAUGGACUUCAGAUGGACCAGGAAGUGCUGGCUGUGCUAACAGCGGACAGCCAGGAUCUGACGACUGUGGUUGGCGGGCCAUCCAUGCUGGUGGUGCUGGCAGAUUUCCCAGUGAACGGGAACUUCACAGCUGCGUUCACCAGCAUCUCCUCAGGCUGUGACCAACUGGUGACCGGCCUGACUGCUCACCUGGCUUAUGUGGCGUCGGACGGUAACCAGACGCAGACGUGCCAGUGGACUUUAGCACCCAAGGCCAGUCAAGGCACCAUUGUGUUGGACCUGGAUGUGGUCAGCCUAGGACAGGGCGACUCUCUGAACAUCUACUCGGGCCUCACAGGGCAGACAGUGCUGGCCGGCUACUCCGCCGUCCCCGCCGUCGGCCCGAUGCUGCAGAUCUACAUCCCGGCACAGACUGGCGCCAGGAUUGUCGUCCAGAGAGCUCAGACCUAUCACCCAGAGAUGAGAGUGGCUGUCCAUUAUCGAGUUGUGGCACAAGCGUGUGGCGGAGCCCUGGAGGCUGCCACGGGCGUGCUGUCCACCCCCAACUUCCCCAACCAGUACCCGCUGAACGCCGACUGCGUGUGGACCAGGACGGUGGCGGAGGACAGCCUGCUGUUCCUGAGCCUGCAGAGUCUCAGCCUGGCCAGCAACCACAGCCUCAGUGUGGUGGAUCAGGAGAACGCCACCUCGGCCACCACGCUUGUGUCUUAUGGUGGCACCGCAGCUAGCGACUCUGAGCUCCCGGCCGACUUCAUCGUCCCAGCCAGCAACCAGACACAGUUUCAGUUCAGCUCUGUAGACGCUCUUCCUGCAGGCGGUGCGGAGAACCCUGUGGGCUCGGGCGUUCAGCUCAAGUACUGGUUCCUCGACUGUGGUGGCAACAUCUCGGACGCCAAUGGGACAUUCUCCAGCCCUGGCUACCCCAGUGUGACCAGCAAGCCGACCACGUGCGUGUGGAUCGUUCAGCUGCAGGGGAACAGCUCCGAGUUCAUCAUUGACUUCAACAUCACGGUGAAGGGGGCUGAGGCCAAGAACAUUGACAAGUACCUGACGGUGUACGACGGCCCAUCGCUGCGCUCCCCGGUGAUGCCCAGCGCCCGAAAUGCAACGCCACUUGUGACAACGGAGUAUGCCUUCACGCGGACUGGAUCUGCAACAACGUGGAUGACUGCGGUGAUAACUCGGACGAGAGACACUGUGUUUUUGUCCCCACCACGCAGAAGCCUUCCCCUCCACCGGAACAAGACUACUCUGGCUACG